GCGGGGUUUAGGAUGGGAAAUUUCGUUCUCCCACCAAAUAUUUUACGAUUGCUUGAAAUGCUGUGCAGCAUUGUUGCCUUCUCCCUGAUAUUUGGAUGGAAAAGUGAGGGAGUGACGUACCGACAGCUUGACCACAGUGAAUAUGAUGUGAUAAACAACAUCGACUUCUUCCUCGGGAUGUCGGUCCUGACACUGUUAAUAGUUUCAAUCUUGUGCUUCGUAAUUCUCAUCAAGCCAGUUUACCUUUCACCAUGUCUUGAUCUCGUUAUAAAUGCACUUCUUGGGGGUUUCUUGCUAAUUGCAGCGAUUGUAAUGUGUUCAUCUUUAACACAGCUUGGCAACUCCAUUACAGUUAAAGAGGCUGGACUCACAUUUUCUAGCAUGGAAGGAGCUAUUGCGUUUGGUUUCAUCUGUUCCCUGUCGCUAGCAGGAAACAGCUGGUUUGCCUAUCAAGCCCACCGACAACGCAGUGAUAUCCCUUUGAAUCAAAGUCAUGCACACGCAAGUUUGCCUGUGGACAUUCCAACAUGAAAUAUUCCUUAAUGUAUUUCCUAAUUGUCCUAAAAUGUGUAACCAUAAUUUGAUGACGUGAAUUGGUAGUUGAUUCAGUAAAAUUUUAAAAGGGAAAAUGAACAAAGUAGUUAGGAUUAAGGCAAGGUCAUGUUUUGUAUAAUAUCUGCAAUAUUUGAAGAAAUCUAGAAGAAAGUAUUAUUCUAAUGGUCAAGUUUUGUGUAUUAUGUGUAUUGUUAUUGGUACAUUGGCCCUCUACAUUGCGACCGAUUUGGUUGCAUAUGUAACCUUUUUUUUCUUCAGGUGGUGACUAAAACAUUUCCUACUAUCUAUAUAAAAAAUAGAAAGAAAGAAAUGUCUUAUUUAAUGACACACUCAACACAUUUUAUUUA